AUGUACUACGUGGCCAUCUGGGAAGGCCCUGAAAUCAUGGGCUGUAGUGAGCUGGAAUCUCAGAGGCUUCAGAAUGACUCUAAAGUAGAUUGUUUGGAACAAUUUGGGCAGAAUGCAAAUAUGGCUAUCAGCCAAGAUGAUGAUGUACUUUGUACUACUGAAUAUUCCCGGAUUGUACCUUUGGAAAAUGGUGAGAUUGUGGUGUCCUUGAUAAAUGGUCGACCAGGUGCAAAAAAUUUUACUUUCUCUCACACCCUGAGGGAGUUCACAAAGGCUACAAACAUCCGCCUGUGCUUUCUCCGAACCAACACCCUUCUUGGACACCUCAUUUCCAAAGCACAGAGAGAUCCAACCGUCACUCGGCGGUAUUAUUACAGCAUAAAGGACAUCAGCAUUGGUGGGCGGUGUGUUUGCAAUGGCCAUGCAGAAGAGUGCAAUGCAAACAAUCCUGAAAAACUGUUUCGGUGUGAAUGCCAGCACCACACCUGUGGGAAGACGUGUGAUCGCUGUUGUGCCGGGUACAAUCAGAGGCGCUGGCGGCCCGCCACGUGGGAGCAGAGCAAUGAGUGCGAAGCAUGCAACUGCCAUGGUCAUGCCAUCGAUUGUUACUAUGAUCCUGAUGUCGAGAGGCAGAGGGGAAGCUUGAAUAUCCAAGGCAUCUAUGCAGGUGGAGGGGUCUGCAUUAAUUGUCAGCAUAAUACAGCUGGUGUGAACUGUGAAAUCUGUGCUAAGGGUUAUUACCGCCCUUACGGCGUUCCAGUGGAUGCCCCGCAUGGCUGCAUCCCUUGCAACUGUAACCCCGAACACGCAGAUGACUGUGAGCCGGGCUCAGGCCGCUGCAAGUGCAAACCGAAUUUCCGCGGAGACAACUGUGAGGAAUGUGCGGUUGGGGUGCGGGUGGGCAGAGAAGGGGCACUUGUGACCAGACAAGAAGAUGGUCUCUGGAAAGCUCUCUCUGGCAGAUUUCCAUUUCUGCAACACUAUAGCGGAUCAAGGGAUGUGCUGGAGGUAGCCUUGGCCAUGAGUGCUGUGCAGAACGGUGUGACUGUAACUUGGAAGGAGUUCUCCCUGAAAUAUGCGAUGCCUACGGAAGGUGCCUCUGCCGCCCUGGGGUUGAGGGCCCUCGGUGUGAUGCCUGCCGCCUGGGUUUCUACUCCUUCCCUAUUUGCCAAGGGAUACUGCCAGUGCAAGCUUCAUGUUGAAAGUCCUUCAUGCAGCAUCUGCAAACCAUCAUAUUGGAAUCUGGCCAAAGAAAACCCCAGCGGAUGUUCAGAAUGCCAGUGCCACGUGGCGGGAACAGUGAGCGGAAUUGGAGAGUGUGGGCAGCAGGAUGGUGACUGUUACUGCAAGUCUCAUGUCAAUGGCGAUUCCUGUGACACGUGUGAAGAUGGAUAUUAUGCUUUGGAAAAGAGCAAUUACUUUGGGUGUCAAGGGUGUCAGUGUGACAUCGGUGGAGCGAUCACCCCCAUGUGCAGUGGGCCCUCAGGAGGAUGCCGUUGCCGAGAGCAUGUCGUGGGGAAGGCGUGCCAGCGACCUGAAAACAACUACUAUUUCCCGGAUUUGCAUCAUAUGAAGUAUGAGAUUGAAGAUGGCACUGUACCUAAUGGGAGAGAACUUCGGUUUGGAUUUGAUCCCCUGGAAUUUCCUGAGUUUAGCUGGAGAGGAUACGCCCAGAUGACCUCAGUGCAGAAUAAAGUGAGGAUCAUGUUGAAUGUGGGGAAGUCAAGUCUUGCCUUGUUUCGCGUUAUUCUGAAAUAUAUUAACCCUGGAACUGAAGCCGUAUCUGGCCACGUGACUAUUUACCCAUCCUGGGCUGAGGCAGGUGCUGCUCAAAGCAAAGAAGUCCUCUUCCUGCCAAGUAAGGAGCCAGCCUUUGUCACGGUCCCCGGAAAUGGUUUGGCACACCCGUUUUCAAUUGCACCAGGGACAUGGCUUGCUUGUAUUCAAGCAGAGGGGGUCCUCCUGGACUACCUGGUGCUGCUUCCCAGAGACUACUAUGAGGCAUCCUCACUGCAACUGCCAGUCACACAGCCGUGCGCCAACUCAGGACCUCCCCAAGAGAAUUGCUUGCUUUACCAGCAUUUGCCAGUGACCCGAUUCCCCUGUGCCCUGGCUUGUGAGGCCAGACACUUCCUGCUUGAUGGAGAGCCAAGACCCUUGGCAGUGAGGCAGCCUACUCCCGCACACCCGGUCAUGGCGGACCUCAGUGCAGCCUCCUCCAAGCCUAUUGUGUUAGAUGCCAACUCGACACAGAUAACUCCCAAAGUGGUUUGUGUAAGUACCAGAUUUGACAUGCCUGCCUUUUAUGUCUUUAUCUUGAACACUCAUAACCAGGUGGAGAUACAGCUGCGGCUGCGAGUUCCCCAGGUCGGCCACUACGUGGUGGUGGUGGAGUAUUCCACGGGAGCAGACCAGCUGUCUGUGGUUGCUGUGCACAUGCAGAGCCCUGGGUCAGUCCUGAGAGGCCAGGUGAACAUCUACAGCUGCAUGUACAGCAUCCUCUGCCGGAGUGUUGUGACUGAUGGCAGGAGUCGCAUCGCUGUCUAUGAACUGUUAGCAGAUGCAGACAUUCAGCUCAAAGUGCGUGGGGCCCGAUUCCUUCUGCAUCAAAUUUGUAUCAUACCCAUUGAAGAAUUCUCAGUUGAAUAUUUGAGACCUCAAGUCAAGUGCAUUGCCAGUUACGGGCAAUAUGUUAAUCAAAGUGCUUCUUGUGUCUCCCUGGUUCUCAAAACUCCUCCAACAGCAUUAAUUUUGGAUGUCCCAAGUGGUGAGUCUUCCCUCCUCCUGCCCCAAGAUCCUUCACCUUCUGCUGAUGUUACUGGAGUCACCUUGAAGGCGCCACAGAACCAAAUGACCCUGAGAGGACUUGUACCACACCUGGGCAGAUAUGUCAUUGUCAUCCAUUUUUAUCAGUCAGCGCACCCAACAUUUCCCACGCAGGUGUUUGUGGACGGAGGGCGGCAGUGGGCAGGUGUCUUCCGUGCCUCUUUUUGCCCCCACACACUUGGCUGCAGGGACCAAGUGAUUGCUGAAGAUCAGGUUGAGUUUGACAUCUCAGAGCCAGAGGUAGCUGUGACUGUGGAGGUUCCAGAAGGAAAGUCCUUAGUGUUGGUCCGUGUUCUGGUGGUGCCUGCGGAGAAUUACGACUACCAAAUACUUCACAAAAAAUCAGUGGACAAAUCAUUUGAGUUUAUCACCAAUUGUGGAGGAAACAGUUUUUAUAUUGACCCCCAGACGGCCUCUGGAUUCUGUAAGACCUCUGCCAGAUCCCUGGUGGCCCUUUACCACAAGGGUGCACUGCCCUGUGAGUGCCACCCUACUGGGGCCAUCGGCCGUCACUGCAGCCCAGAGGGCGGGCAGUGCCAGUGCCAACCCAAUGUCAUUGGGCGACGGUGUACCCGCUGUCGAGUGGGCUACUAUGGAUUCCCACACUGCAAGCCAUGCAACUGUGGCCGGCGCCUUUGUGAGGAGACGACGGGGAAGUGCCUCUGCCUUCCCCACACGGUCGGGCCCCAGUGUGAGCUGUGUGACCCGUAUUCCUUCAGCUUCCACCCCCUGGCUGGCUGCGAAAGCUGCAACUGUUCCAGGAGGGGCGCCAUUGGAGCGGCCACCCCGGAGUGUGACAGGGACCACGGGCAGUGCAGAUCAGUAAAACUCCGCUGUAAAAAGGUUACUUUGCUCAAGGUUCUAUAUCCGGUGCAAGCCAGAGUCACAGGGCGGCAGUGUGACCAGUGUGCUCCCGGGUUUUACCACUUCCCGAGUGCGUGCCCUGUCAUUGCAACAGGGAUGGGAGCUGAGCCAGGGGUCUGCAACCCAGGAACCGGAGCUGUGCUUGUGCAAGGUGAGGCAGAACACGUGAUGCCAGGGACGCCAGCCACUGGCCAGGAGAACGUGGAGAGUACGGAAUGUAAUGUGUGUCGAGAAGGAUCCUUCUACUUGGACCCAGCAAAUCCCAAGGGUUGCACCCGCUGCUUUUGUUUUGGAAUAAAUAACAAUUGUCACAGUACACAUAAAAGAAGAGCUAAGUUUGUGGACAUGAUGGGUUGGCGCCUGGAGACAGCAGACAGAGCAGACAUCCCUGUCUCAUUCAACCGGGCAGCAGCAGUGUUGGUCGCGGAUCUCCAGGAGCUGCCCUCAACCGUGCACAGUGCGUCCUGGGUCGCACCUCUUCCUACCUGGGAGACAAGGGUUUCUUCCUAUGGUGGUUACCUCACCUACCAAAUCAAGUCCUUUGGGCUACCUGGCGACAUGGUUCUUCUAGAAAAGAAGCCGGAUGUGCAGCUCACCGGUCAGCACAUGUCCAUCAUCUAUGAGGAGCCAAAUAACCCACGGCCUGACCGUCUGUAUCACGUGCGUGUGCAGGUGGGAAACUUCAGGCACGCCAGCAGCGGUGCCCCCGUGUCCCGGGAAGAGCUGAUGAUGGUACUGUCUAGACUAGAAGGUGUGCGCCUCCGAGGCCUCUACUUCACCGAGACUCAGCGGCUCUCCUUGAGCGGGGUGGGACUGGAGGAGGCCUCUGCCACAGGAAGUGGGCGUAGAGCACAUCAUGUGGAGAUGUGUGCCUGCCCCCCUGGCUACACCGGUGACUCAUGUCAGAACUGCCAGCAUAACACUGCUGGGGAACACUGUGAGCGCUGCAAAGAGGGUCACUAUGGGAAUGCCAUCCACGGGACACUUUUUGCCACUGGCUGUGUUGUGACUGGGGAAAACGUGAGGUGCUCCUGCAAACCUGGAUACACAGGCACACAGUGCGAAAGGUGUGCACCCGGAUAUUUCGGGAACCCCCAGAAGCUUGGAGGUAGCUGCCGGCCGUGCAGUUGUAACAACAAUGGCCAGUUGGGCAGUUGUCACCCCUUGACGGGAGAAGACAAUAGACAAGCUACGGUUUGUUCAGAAGAAGUGGAGAUACUGAAAAAACUUGGAACCAUGUCACAGGAAGGAUUGACAAGCCAGGACAGUGGAAAGAAGACUUGGAAAGGAUACUGCAUAGACCAAGAGCCCAAAGAUGGCAGCCCUGGAGAAGAAUGUGAUGAUUGUGACAGCUGUGUGAUGACACUCUUGAAUGACCUGGCUACCAUGGGUGACAAGCUCCACCUGGUCAAGUCUCAGCUGCAGGGCCUGAGUGCCAGCACCGGCACUUUGGAACAGAUGAAGCACUUGGAGACCCAGACCAAGGACCUGAGGAAUCAGUUACUCAACUACCGUUCUGCCAUUUCAAAUCAUGGAUUAAAAAUGGAUGGUCUGGAAAAAGAACUGAGUAAUCUGAAUCGAGAAUUUGAAGCUUUGCAAGAAAAGGUUCAAAUAAAUUCUAGAAAAGCACAAACAUUACAUAACAAUGUUGAUCGGACAACCCAAAGCACAAAGGAGCUGGACACAAAGAUUAAAAAUGUCAUCCGGAAUGUGCACAUUCUCUUGAAGCAGAUCUCUGGGACAGAUGGGGAAGGAAACAAUGUGCCGUCAGGGGAUUUUUCCAGAGAGUUGGCUGAAGCAGAGCGCAUGAUGACAGAGCUACGGAGCCGCAACUUUGGAAAGCACCUGAGAGAAGCAGAAGCUGAAAAAAGAGACGCUCAGCUCCGUAAGGAUGUUCCCAAAUCCUUGUAUGCAACCCAUUCUAAUGGGCUUGAAAUACAGUGUGCAAAGUGCAAUGUCAUGUCCCCAGUACAGGUGGCUAGUGCUGAAUCGGAUAGGAGCUGGCUGGAAAACCACCAAGUGGAGAACAGUGCACUUGUCAAGAACAUACGGGAUUCUUUAAAUGAGUACGAGGCCAAACUCAGUGAUCUGCGGGCCGCACUACAAGAGGCAACUGCCCAGGCAAAGCAGGCCACUGGCCUCAACCGAGAAAACGAGAAGACUUUGGAAUCCAUCAAGAGACAAGUUAAAGAAAUGAAUUCCCUACAGAGUGAUUUCACCAAGUACCUAACCACUGCAGACUCUUCCUUACUGCAGACCAACACGCUGCUGCAGCUGAUGGGAAAAGCCGGGAGUGACACUGUCUCUGUUUACUUGAAAAAAAUAGAAUAUGAAAAACUAGCUGCCACUUUAAAUGAAGCAAGACGUGAGCUAAGUGACAAAGUGAGAGAACUUUCUCAGUCCGCCAGUAAAGCCUCCCUGGUGGUGGAGGCAGAAACGCACGCGCAGUCUUUACAGAAGCUGGCAAAGCAGCUGGAGGAGAUCAAGAGGAAUGCCAGUGGGGAUGAGCUGGUGCGCUGUGCAGUGGAUGCUGCCACCGCCUACGAGAAUAUCCUCAACGCCAUCAGAGCAGCGGAGGACGCGGCUGACAAGGCCACUAGCGCAUCUGAAUCUGCCCUCCAGAAAUCAGUCCCGGCUCUCAACAACCUACAGCAAACUCUGAAAGUUAUGACAGUUCAGAAAGGAUUGAUUGAUACCAAUAUCACUGCCAUCCGAGAUGACCUUCGUGGGAUACAGAGAGAUGACAUCAGUGAUAUGAUCAGUAGGGCAAAGAGCAUGGUCAGAAAUGCCAACGACAUCACAGAUGAGGUUCUAGAUGGGCUCAACCCUAUUGAGACAGAUGUGGCAAGAAUUAAGGAUACCUAUGGGAGCACACAGAGAGAAGACUUCAACAAGGCUCUCACUGAUGCAGAUAACUCAGUGAAGAAAUUAACCAACAAACUGCCUGACAUUUUGAGCAAGAUUGAAAGUAUCAACCAACAGCUGUUGCCACUGGGCAAUAUCUCUGACAACGUGGACCGUAUCCGGGAGCUAAUUCAGCAGGCCAGAGAUGCUGCAAAUAAGGUUGCUGUCCCCAUGAGGUUCAAUGGUAAAUCUGGAGUUGAAGUCCGGCUGCCGGAUGACCUAGAUGAUUUGAAAGGAUACACAUCUCUUUCUUUGUUUCUCCAAAGACCUGAGUCAAAAGAAAAUGGGGGGACUGAGAAUAUGUUUGUGAUGUACCUCGGAAAUAAAGAUGCCUCCAGGGACUACAUCGGCAUGGCAGUUGUAGAUGGCAAGCUCACGUGUGUCUACAACCUGGGAGAACAGGAGUCUGAACUCCAAGUGGACCAGAGCUUGACCGAGAGCGAAACUCAGGAGGGCGGUUAUGGACCGGGUGAAAUUUCAGAGCUUCCUGCCAGACUAAGGUUCCCUCCGUACAAAGGUUGUAUUGAACUGGAUGACCUCAAUGAAAAUGUUCUGAGCUUGAGAAAGGAAGAGUCGGACAAAAAUUAUUUUGAAGGUACAGGCUAUGCUCGAGUUCCAACUCAACCAAAUGCUCCCUUCCCGACCUUUGGACAAACGAUUCAAACCACCGUGGAUAGAGGUUUGCUGUUCUUUGCAGAAAAUCAGACGUGGAAGCUUCCCUGUUUCAAGCAGCUGUGGUUUCUGGAGGCCAUUCUUCAGUCUAGUUUGGAGAAAUCCGAAGUGACUCUCCAAGUCAUGGUCAGCGCCAUCUGCUGGGGAUGGGCCCAGACUUGCCCACAUCCUGGAAGCAAUGAUGAACUGGCCAGGACCUCAAGUGUAGCAGAUGGGAGACCACAGAGUGUGGUGGGUGCCACGAAGGAGAAGCUCAGGGUCCUGCGAGUCCCCCGGAGGGAAUGUAAUCCGCUUGGGGGCAUCAAGAAGGUGGUCUCUGGCUGGGACCUGAAGUAUAGGAGCAAUCAACAUAUGUUUAACAUUUCUACACCUGCUUUCCGAGGCUGCAUGAAAAAUCUGAAGAAAACUACUGGUGUUGUUAGGUUGAAUGACACUGUAGGAGUAACAAAAAAGUGCUCAGAAGACUGGAAGCUCGUGCGAUCUGCCUCAUUCUCCAGGGAUGGACAAUUGAGUUUCACCAAUUUGGAUUUGGCUUUUCCCAACCACUUCCAGGCCUCCUUUGGAUUUCAGACCUUUCAACCCAGUGGCCUAUUAUUAAGUCACCAGACAGAGGCAAAUAACCUGCAGGUCACCCUGGAAGAUGGUCACAUUGAACUGAACACCAGGGAUGGAAGUAGCCCCAUUUUUAAAUCCCCCCAGACGUACACAGAUGGUUUGCUGCACUACGUAUCUGUAAUAAAUGAUGACUCUGGACUCCGGCUUCUCAUUGAUGACCAGCCUCUGAAGAAUAACCACAGGCUAAGACACUUGUCAAAUUCCCAGCAAACCCUGCGUCUGGGCGGAAGUCACUUUGAGGGUUGUAUCAGCAAUGUUUUUAUCCAGAGGCUCUCAGAGAGACCUGCAGUCCUGGACUUGGCCAGUAAAUCUACCAAGAGAGGUGUGUCGCUGGGAGGCUGCAGUUUAAAUAAACCACCUUUCCUCAUGUUGCUUAGAGGUUCUACAAGGUUUGACAAAGCCCACACUUUCAGUAUCAACCAGCCAUUGCGGGACACACCAGCGGCCUCCCCAAGGAGCAUGGAGGUGUGGCGAGAGGCCCAGUCUUGCCGGCCACCUCCCCGGGCCCAGGCCAGUCACGGAGCCCUCAGGUUUGGGGACCGUCCCACCAGCCACUUGCUCUUCACGAUUCCCCAGGAGUUGCUGGAACCCAGGUCACUGUUUGCUGUGGACAUGCGGACAGCCUCCUCCAGAGGGCUCGUGUUUUACACGGGCACUAAGAGUUCCUAUAUGGCUCUUUAUCUUUCAAAGGGACGACUCAUCUUUGCUUUGGGGGCAGGAGGGAAAAAGCUGAGGCUCAAAAGCAAAGAGAAGUGCAAUGAUGGGAAAUGGCACACGGUGGUGUUUGGGCAAGAUGGAGAAAAGGGGCACUUGGUUGUGGAUGGUCUGAGGGCCCAGGAAGGAAGUUUGCCUGGAAAUUCCACCUUCGGCCUCAGAGCACCAGUUUACCUGGGAUCACCUCCCUCAUGGAAACCAAAGGUCACGGCCUCUGUGGACAGUGAGGCGGGGGGCAUCUUGACAUCAGUUACACCAAAGCAGUCUCUGUGUGACGGGCGGUGGCACUCGGUGACAGUCACCAUAAAACAACACAUCUUGCACCUGGAACUGGACACAGAGAAUAGCUACACUGCUGGACGGCUCCCCUUCCCACCUGCCAGCACUCAGGAGCCACUGUACAUUGGAGGCAUUCCAGCCCAUUUGAAGACGCUGAAGCUCCCUGUGUGGAAAUCAUUUUUUGGCUGUCUGAAGAAUAUUCAAGUCAACCACAUUCCUAUCCCUGUCACUGAAGCCAUGGACGUCCAGGGAUCUGUGGACGGUUCUGGCAUUCUGUAUGCUCCUCAGAGUACCAGUGGAAGAGAGCCCUCCCCCCACUGUCUAGUGCCCGUUGCCCCCUCUUGGAGGCAGCAUAACGUCCCCGAAGAUGUCCAUGCUCUAACCCCAGAACCUGUGAAUGUUGCCUUUCCUGGCAAAAGAGACUUUGCAGAUGGGAUUAAGCGAAGGACCUUGAGUUGA